UGUAUUGUAUUGGCACUGGCGCUAGUUUAUUUGAUGAAAUCUCAUUUUCAUUUUUAUUGAAUUAAAUACGUGAGUGUUUUCUAAUGUAAAUUUCCAGUCAUAACAUUUUUGUGACCCGCUUAAAUUGGUUUAGAUAUUCAAAUGGGAUAUUUAACUUAAAAGCCAUCUGGGCUUCGUAAGAAGCACAUAUAUAUUCUGGUUGUUAAGUAUUGAAUGGCUAUGUAUUACUACGCAAGUAAAUUAAAUGAGGCGUCGUGUAGUGGAUGCAAUGUGAAGUUGCCACCCCCACCAUCUGAGCCUGCUCCGCCACCACCUGAUCAUUCUUCUUUGACACCUGAUACGACACUGCUCCAUGGCACUGGUCUCUCCUAUUAUGAUAAUGAUGAUUACUAUUCAAUGGUAAGAGGAAAUAAAUUUAUGUCUGAAAAUAACUGUACACUCACCACAAUGAAUGGUGGUAUCAAUUAUUCUAGUGCUCAAACUGCUGAAGCACCCCAGGUGGCACCGAUUUUGACUCCUUCUGUAAGGUCAUCAGAUAUUCCAUAUCCUGAGAAAACUGAAAUUGAGUACAAAGAUGGGCACCUAGCAAGUGCUACAUUUGACACUUUGGUGGAAAUGCUGCGUCCUGGAGCUAGUAAAUCCUUCACAUUUACAUUCAUACUAUGCUCUCGUCUUUUUGCUAAACCUCAUGAGCUGCUAUCCAAAAUAGCUAAAAGAUAUUUUAAAAAUUAUGACAAUGUGGGCAACGUUCAGACGAGGGAGUUGCUGGAUAUGGAGGUAGCUGAUAUGGCGUCGUUAGUGCGGGUUCUAAGUCAGUGGACUGCUAUGUUUCCAUACGAUUUCCGUGAUGAGAGGGUCAUGGCACUCGUAAGGAACAUUACCCAGAGAUGUGCGGCAGAACACAUGUCAUCUAUAAGGUCAGAGGUGUCUAGCAUGCUGGAGAGGUUGCUUGACAAGUUGACGGCCCUUGAGCAGUAUGAAGAGACACUGGUUGAAGUUCCGCAAGUCAAUACUAUUGAUCAAAUUCCACUGGGAGAUAUCCUUACACUUGGUCUGACGCCAGUGGAGCUUGCAAAUGAGCUGACCUUGGUUGAACUGCACCGGCUAUCAUUUGUGGGCCCGGAAGAAUUUCUGCAAACAUUUGGUCCUGGUCAACCAGGGCAGUCAACUUCUAGAAGGAACAUCAGCCUACAUCAUGUCGAGUCUAAGAGCACAAAAAACUUAGAGGCCUAUGCUGACUGGUUUAAUAGGCUGAGCUACCUCGUUGCUACAGAUAUUCUGAAGGCGGUAAAGAGCAAGUACCGCGCUCGGGUUAUGGAGCAAUGGGUGAUGACUGCUCGCGAGUGUUUCAAUUUGGGCAACUUUAACUCGCUCAUGGCCAUUAUAAGCGCUCUCAAUAUGGCACCAGUUUCUCGUCUUAAGAAAACUUGGAGUCGUACAAGCGCUGUCUGCGGGCAACAGCUGAGACAAUUAGAGCUUUGUGUCGAGCCCAGCGGUAAUCAUGCCAGGUACCGGGCAGCGCUGGCCGCAGCCCCCGUGGAGACAGCUGUUCCUCUCUUAUCUGUCACAUGCAGAGAUUUGCAUUUUGCGAACCAGGUUUCGCCAUCAAAAUUGCCCGGCAACAGAGUGAAUUUCGAGAAGAUGUCGCAGCUGGCGCGACACGUGAGCGCGCAGCUCGCGUCGCGGCGACUGCUCGGCGAAGGACCGAUGUUUUUGCCGCCCGUGCCGCACGUGCACCUUCCCGCCUGGCAUUUCCUCAAUGACCGCCCCACUCUCGCUGAAUCUGCACUCGAAAUCGUUUCGUUCGACCGAGAACCGCCCGUCGAUCACGUCGAGAAGGAACGCCUGAAACGUCUACGAGGAGCCAUGAUAUGAAAUGGAGACAAGACUCGGGUCUUAUUUUAAGGUCUGAAGAAUAACAAAAAAUAUAAAAAAUGUUUACGUAUUUAUACAUUAUGUAAAGUUUAAAUAUUUAGAAGAGAGUGAGAUAUGAACAUCACUUCUAAUUUAUGACAUUAAUUAUAUUCUUGUUCUGAUUAUAAUUUCAAGUAGAUGUCGAAUAACUGCGUCGAGUGAACAACUCGUAUGUACUUUUCGUACUUUUACUAUUCUAUAUGACAGGUAUUAUAUAGAAUUCUCUUCAGAUUUUAAUAUUUGUACUGUUAUGUACAUGUAUAAUGAAAUAUAUAUCCGUAUUAUUAAGUCUUAUUUACAUACGAAACUCUGUCCACAUUGCAUAUGCAAUAUCUUUAUUUAUAAACUUAAGCCAAUGAAAAAUAAAAUAUGAAAUAAUAAACCUAAUUCUUGCCCUUCGGUAUCUAGGUCUGCUGAUUUUGAUUAUAUAAGACGUUACUUGAAUUAAGUCGAGUUAGUUUAUAUUCGAACACGUAGGAUAUAAUCCUUACGUUUAAUAUGAGACGCCAUGACAGCUCUUAAUUUAAAUUGUAUUAUAUGAAAAAGAAGCAUCUAAAAGUACAAAAAACAUAGGUCAGCACUUAACGUUUUUAAGCAAAAAUGUCAUACACGUUGAUAGUUAUAUAUUGGCCAAGAACCAAUUAAAUCAUUCACGAAAUAGUUCAUCAAUAACUCAGUAUUAACGAUCAUUCUAUAUAAAAACUAGCUUUUCGGCCCGACUUCGCACGGGUAGAUAAUAAGGUAAAUGUAUGGGAUAGGAUUUGCGUAAAAUCCGUUCUUAGUGAGCGUCUAAGGAGGAGUAACUGUGACAAAUUUCAAGUCAAUCGGGCGGAUAGUUUAUAUAUUAUAACAUAUAUAUGUAGAUUAAAUAGAAAAUCAAUUAAUUGUUUUAAAAAUAAAUUCGAUCAGCUCGGUUUAAGUUCAUUCAAUUAAAAUAGAAAUUAGUUUGAUAUGUUAGGUCGAGGCUGUAGCGACUCAUAGUAUUUUAAAAAGACGGACAAAAUGUGAUCUCAUAUUAGUUAUGUAUUGCAAUUUGAUGUUAGUUUAUUGAAAUUAAAAAAGUUAUUUUAAAACUUUUAAUAAAGAUAUUAAAGGUAAAAAUUCGACGAAUGUUAUGUUUUGUGCGUUAAAUGUAUUCGAUAACAAUUUCGUAUUUCAGGGUAACUAUCGAAUAAAAUCAAUAUUAGAUUAAAUAGCUUGUCAAAAAUGAAACAAAAAGAACGUCUAUUUAUGGAGACUUCAUUAGAUAUUUCCCGUAUUCGUCAACGUUGAUAUAAAAUUAUUUGCAAUGUUUAAAAAGUAUAGAACCUUAUUUUUUGUAUUCUUACAUUAACAGAAUAUUGGAUUAUUUAAAAGAUUUUCAUAUAUAUUGGUACUUAUAGAUUUUUUAGUACCGAUGUUAGUGUAGGUUUCCUAUUCAUCGUUUCGUUAAUGAAAUGUUCAUUGAAAUAUUUAAUGUAUCGUCAGUUCAGUAGGCAUCUCGUUAAUCCAAGUUCCUUCAUACAUCAGUAUUUAUUAAACGUGUCAUUUUAAGAAUCUCAAAAUGUAUUCGUACGGUUUGUACUUAAUGUUGAUCUCAAUAAGGAAUAUUUAAUCAUCAAGUGUGCUCCAGGUCGCUGUGUGACUGUAUUACGGUUGAUUUAUAUUUUUCGGAAAUAAUUAUUGUAUGACAAAAGGAGUGCAUGAAUUUCACUGUGAAUUUUAUAUAUAAGUUGCACGAUAAGCUUACAGAGUAAAUACGGUAACAAUAAACUUAUAUAAUAGUUUUAAGGAUUUAAAGUAAAAAAAAAAAAAUAUCUGUAUACAUUAAUAUAUCAUUGGUAUUCUACACGAAACCCGUAAGGUAUUUUAAAUUGCAUGUUGAAAUAGAAUAGUUUCACAUGUAUAUAGUGAUUGACAAUAGAGCAUUUGCACUAUGGACAUUACGAUUGCGUUGAAUUGCAAAUUAAUCAAUCGAAACAUUAAAAAUAUUUCAAGAGUAACGUAAAUAUUUAGGUUAAGGUUCAAUUUUUAUGUCGAUUUUUAUCACAUCCUUUAUAUUUUCCAUUAGUUAAUGCCCGGCAUGCGUUACAAUACCUCUUUUUAUUUUUUUUGUAAACGAUUUCCCAGUACGAUCCGCGCAGCCUAUUGUUCGUUGUUGGUACUAUGCCAGGCGCCUCCCCAAAUGUCCUUAUCGACAGGACAGAGUUACAACUCAAAAUGAAUGGUAUAGGAACGCAUACGGGACAAACAAAGUGACAUUCAUUUUAUACAAUUAAUAAUUAAUUAAUACAGCUUUUAUCAUAUAAUUAAAACUUUAGACUGAAAAUUAAUUAUUUCUUUUUUCGAAUUGUUAUAUUUUAAAAACGAUAAAAAAACACGAAUGUUCGCUCAAAACACUGAAAGUAUUUAUUUGCUCAAUGUAUAAGUAACGGUUGUACUCAUUUUAACGUUUAAAUACGUUUUUUGGUAAUUUUACGUUAGUGUUGUGAUAUUAAGUCACUUUGGAUCUGAUAAAUGUCUGCUAUAUUUUACUAUAAUAUUUUUCUGCCGCUAUACACUACCUCUCGAAAUAUACGCUUAAUAUUUUUUUUUUAAUAAACAAAACAUACGUACAUGUA